CACGGAUGGUUGCGGGCUCGAGUGCCUUAAUAAGUUCUACCUUAAUAAACUGUGACCUAAUUAAAUUCGCCUUAAUUAAAACCAAAGGUCAUGGCUUCGACUCCUACCAAAGGUCGAGGGUUCGCAGCCCUUUUGUUCCAUCGUGUGGUCACGCCAACGCCGGAUUUUCCACCUCACGAGCCAACAAUGGUUUCCCGCUCGUAAGUGGCUCCAUCGUCAUCGCCACGAAGUAGAAGAAGAUGGCGGUGCCCGAGAAUGGCAGGGCGGGACAGCAACCCGAUAGACCCAAGGAUCCUGGCGCCAGCACUGCGUUUGUCACCGCCCUCACGCACGAGCAGCCGCCCGGACGACGGAACGAGGCCGGUAGACGUGCCUCGGUUUCCACGUUGGCGGCCGCAAGCCACAACCGGCGCCACAGUAAGCGGCAGCAUGACGUCGUAUCUCGGCCGACGGGGACUCGGGAACAACGCCGAGCGGCGUUCACGACUCGAAGCGUUCAUCGGAGCGGCGCACUUCCCCAUACUCUGGAGAAAACAGCUCCGCUUGCCGGAAAGCCGGUGGCUGCGACAACCGAGGGCCUACCCAACCCGGCUUCUGCUGCCCCAGUUCGCCACGAGGAGAGGCAGCCCUCCAUGCGACUCGCAACCGGCGGCGUCCAGGCGAUCGGGGGCCACGAGGAAGACGCCCCCGAGGGCGCCGUGGCAUGCGUGUGCGUCUACAUGUGCGUCGUCGUCUUCGGAAUCGCCGGUCUGCUCGUCUACGUCUUCCGGAGCCUGUCGCCCGUGCCGCCGCAAAUCGAGCCGUGGACGUACGAGAGAACGGCGUUGACGGCGACGAAGCCGUCCGUAGCCUCCGAGACGCGCAAACUCGAACGCGGCGCCACUGGAAUACCACUACUACCACUUGGGAGCAGACGUGCCACCGCACUAGCUUCGCCAGGUCCCAAGGCACGUGGUCGCGGAGCGUCGGAGAGUGGCGCAACCACCAGCGGCAUCAUCGGAACCGACGACGCGGGGGAAAGAAACGACGAUCGCGAAGAAGCAGGAGACAUCGGGUCUAUCGGGUUGCUGUCCCGCCCUGCCAUUCUCGGGCACCGCCAUCUUCUUCUACUUCGUGGCGAUGACGAUGGAGCCACUUACGAGCGGGAAACCAUUGUUGGCUCGUGAGGUGGAAAAUCCGGCGUUGGCGUGACCACACGAUGGAACAAAAGGGCUGCGAACCCUCGACCUUUGGUAGGAGUCGAAGCCAUGACCUUUGGUUUUAAUUAAGGCGAAGUUAAUUAGGUCACAGUUUAUUAAGGUAGAACUUAUUAAGGCACUCGAGCCCGCAACCAUCCGUGCGAGUCGAACCCUCAACUUUUUGUGGGAGUAGAACCGAUGACCUUUGGCGUUGAUAAAGGCACAAUUCAGUUCCGGCCCCGGCGACGACGACGACGCCUGGCGAAGAUCGGCUGCCCUUUGAACUGGUCGUGUUUGGGGCGCCGCCGAACGACGGGCGUCUUUCGAAUGGGAGCUAUGGGGAUCGGCGACGGGAGGGAAAGGGUCAUUUAGAGCAUCGAGGGUUAGGGCGGCGUGUCGGUUGAACAGCCUUCACGCGUGGACUCGCCUGAAAUGGCAGAAACGCGCAUUUGUGCUGUAUAUAUAUAUGUACGCUGUAAUAACAAUUUUCGUGAUGGUGGUUAGCCGCUACACUCUGACUCACUGAACAAUUUAUUGCGUGCUUCCCUAUGUAAUUUCUCGCGUUCUUUGUCUACUAUGGCUGCCGCGAUUAAAUUUGUCGCACAUUUGG